AUGUCAGAUGUUAGCAAAGGUUUGUAUUGCAAAUAUUGUCUUUUAUUUGCACCUGCAACCAAAAGUAAUGUGACACUUAAAACAUUAGUCAAAACUCCAUUACUUAAAUUUUCUAAGCUAACUGGUAAAGACGGAUGUUUAACUGUCCAUUCUCUCAAUAAGUACCAUUUGGAAUCGGUUUUGUCAGGGAAUGCAUUUUUAAAAUCAUACCGAGAUCCAAGUUUUAGUAUAAUUAAUCAAGUUAAUUUACAAAGAUUAAAGCAAAUAAACGAGAACCGAGAGAGAAUCAAACCUAUCAUUGAAACAUUAAUACUAUGUGGACGACAGAACAUUGCCCUUAGAGGAGCUGUUGAUGAUGGUUCGUUAUUAAUUAAUGAUACUUCAAAUUCAUUAGUAGCAAAUCCAGGUAACUUCAGAGAAUUAUUAAAGUUUAAAAUAAAUUCAGGAGAUCAAAAGUUGAAAAAUCAUCUUGAUACUACAUCAUCUCGGGCUACCUAUAUAAGUAAGACUGCUCAAAAUGAGCUCCUUAAUUGUAUAGGCGAAGAAAUUCAGUUACAAAUUAUUAAAGAUAUUAACGAAGCAAAGUUUUAUGCAGUGAUAUUUGAUGAAACUACUGACAUAGCCCAUAGAGAACAGCUUAGUCUAUCUAUAAGAUACGUUUUAAACAAUAAAAUAAAUGAAAAGUUUUUAACUUUUGUUGAUGCUUAUCAAUCUAUCCUUGAAGAAGACAUUAUGUCAUCUGGUGAAACAAAACUUACUGGUCAAGCUCUAGGAAAUAUAGUACUGAACAUUUUAAAACAAUUUCAUUUAAAUGUGAAAAACUGUGUUGGCAUCGGUACAGAUGGAUGUGCAGUUAUGACAUCAAAAAGUAUUGGAGCAGUCACUACAAUUUUAAAAGAAUGUUUUUACGCAGUUCGGUGCCCAUGUUUUAAUCAUGCACUAAAUAACUCACUGGCUCAGUCAUCAAAAGUGGUCUCAAUUCGCAAUACGGUUGGUUGUUUGAAGGAAAUAGUAGCUUUUUUUAAUGGAUCAGCUAAAAGGACUGCUAUACUUAAAAAUAAAUUAGGAAAAAGUUUAUCUGGAUUAUGUCAAACUAGAUGGAUUGAACAACAUGAUGGCAUAUUACAGUUCAAAUCAACUCUCCCGAAAAUUUUAGAAGCUCUUGCUGAUAUUAAGUUAUGGACUGAUAAAAAUUCUUCAACUAAAGCAAAUACACUUGAAUUAUCUAUAUGUAAUAGUUCAUUUAUUAUUUCACUUUAUUCACUCAUUGAUGUACUCAAAUGGACACUUCCAGUUAGUCGUAUACUGCAAUCUACAUCACUUGAUUUGGAAAGUGCAAAUUUUGUUAUUCAAGGAGUUAAAGAAGUGUUAAACGAGAACCGAACCAAUUCACAUAAUGUUUUUAAAGAUAUUUUUAUUGAAUCUUCUAAUAUGGCUAAAAGUUUAGGAUUUGAUAUACAAUUACCACGUACAUCCAAAACACAGAUGAAUAGAGCCAAUUACCCUACUCAAAAUGCAGAGGAUUAUUAUCGCUGGUCAAUUUAUAUACCAUUAUUAGAAGGUGUUCUUGGGGAUAUGAAUACUCGUUUCUGUCCAGAUGUAAUUGGUGCAUUUAAUUUAAGACUGUUAAUCCCUAAAGUAUUUCGUGGAAAAGACAACAAUACUUUGAGUGUAAAAAUACUUGAAGCAAGUAAAAGAUUUUUUCCUCUGCUAUCAUCGGGAUCAAAUAAUACAGCUGAUUUACACUUACAAGGUGAACUUGAACUUUGGUUUAAGUUUUGGAAUAAAAAUAUUGGUGUGUGGAGUGAAGAUCAAUUUCCAUCAACAGCAAUAGAUGCUUUGGGUAAAUGUGAUCCAAAUAUAUUUCCUACAGUAUAUCAGCUUCUAAGUAUAGUUUGUACGUUACCAAUGAGUGUAGCUACAGCAGAACGAAGUUUCUCUACCUUGAGACGGGUAAAAACCUGGCUACGCUCUAGAAUGCAGGAGGAUCGCCUAACUUCGUUAUGUUUACUAAAUGUUCAUAGGGAAGUUGAAAUAAGCAUUGACCAAAUAAUUGACAGAUUUGGAAAAAGUGACAAUGUAAAAAGGCGUUUAGACUUUGUUAUUUAA